AUGAAUCGUCCCCUAGUUCCACUACACGUUUACACAACAGCCUACCAUCCAUAUGUCAGUAGUCCUGUUGAACUUGUCCAUGAGCAGCUAAAAUCAGCAAUAAGGACUUCCCGGCUUAUUGACGUUGGAAUCAUUCACAAGCACCUUGGAAUACAGGUUGAUUGCAAGGAGCAGAGUAACCAACCUAUUGAUGCAACUAUCAACACGAAGAUGGCUGUACAACACCUGCAGUCAAAAGUAGAGUCCAACGAUCCACAGCCCCCAACCACGUCCAUUGCAGGCAGUGGGUUUGCAGACACAAACCCACCAACUCCACAACCCUCGCCAGACUCAAAUAUUAUUAGUAUGAGUUCUGGCAGAUUUAUUGUUAUCUCUUCCGAUCCUAAGGUGGCCGUCUUUCCUCCUGGAAGUCAGAUUCAUCUUGGCGAUUUAAGAAAUCACUCUUUCUAUACCUCUGAAAACAAAUCAGUUAGGAAUGUUAGUGGUCCUUACGUUUUCUCAACUCCAACUUAUGAUGUUGAGGACAACGCGCUUCGUGACAGAAUUGUCCAAGUUGAUGGUGCACUCCUCUACCGUAUCUUGAUUGUUGAUAAAAUCACUCAGAAUGAUCUCACGAAUUUAAUUAAAUUACUUAUCAGUUCGGAGUACUGUAAACCUAAAUGA